GGAGGCGCGAUCGGGAGCCCUGGGGCCCGGCUGCCCCUCCCCCGGCCCCUGAGCGCUCUAGUGGGCGACCGGGGCGCAGCGGGGCCCGGGAGGUGCCUCUGUCCCUCCAGCUUGGAGGCGAAGCAUGGGGAAGAGCUGCAAGGUGGUCGUGUGUGGCCAGGCGUCAGUGGGGAAAACUUCCAUCCUGGAGCAACUCCUGUACGGGAACCAUGUAGUGGGUUCUGAGAUGAUUGAGACCCAGGAGGACAUCUACGUGGGCUCCAUUGAGACGGACCGGGGCGUUCGGGAGCAGGUGCGCUUCUACGACACCCGUGGGCUCCGCGAUGGGACCGAGCUGCCCCGGCACUGCUUCUCCUGCACUGACGGCUACGUCCUAGUCUACAGCACCGACAGCCGAGAGUCCUUCCAGCGUGUGGAGCUCCUGAAGAAGGAGAUCGACAAAUCCAAGGACAAGAAGGAGGUCACCAUCGUGGUCCUGGGCAACAAGUGUGACCUCCAGGAGCAGCGGCGCGUGGACCCGGACGUGGCACAGCACUGGGCCAAGGCGGAGAAGGUGAAGCUGUGGGAGGUGUCGGUGGCCGACCGCCGCUCCCUGCUGGAGCCCUUUGUCUACCUGGCCAGCAAGAUGACGCAGCCACAGAGCAAGUCGGCCUUCCCGCUCAGCCGCAAGAACAAGGGCAGCGGCUCCCUGGACGGCUGAGCAGCUGCUGCCGCUCACCCGCCGACCCCACGGAGCCCUGGGGCCCUGGAGAGCGGGUUGGGAGCGAGGGGGAGCCCUGCUCGGCCGGGCAGCUGGGCUGUCCCCUCUCAACCCCAAGUGCGAAUAGUCCCCAUUAGCGCCCCCUCCUCUCAACACCCCACCCCUCCCCUCCCCAGCUGACAUCCUGUCCUCACUGUUGCCAGGACAGGAAGAGGAACUACCAUGCCACAAGUGCCCGAUCUAGGGUCUGGGGUCUUUGUGAUUCUGAGAUAGGAUCUCACUGAGUUCCCCAGGCUGGCUUCAGUCUUGGAUCCUCCUGCCUCAGCCUCCUGAGUAGAUGGGAUUACAGGUGUGCACCCCUACGCCUGGCUAGGGCCUGGUUCUAGUGACAGGGUUACCAGUCCUCUGAGCUUCCGGCCGGGCACGAGCGUGCACACAUACGUGAGGUGCCAGCCUGGACAUGAACAGGAGUCCAGGUGCUGUGUGCCUGUGCGGCAUCAGGCCCAGCUCCUGGGGGCACCUGCGUCCUCCUCUGGGCUGGGUGGCGAUUCUGCUCUCCCAGAUCCUUGCCUGCCUCUCCCUCUUCAAGGUGCUUGGCCCCAGCCCUGGCGGCUGGACUCGGUUCUCCCCGACCACCAGGGGGCGGCGGCGUGCCCCCGCUGUGUCUUCCCGGUCCAGGCGGUCUCCGAAGUUUCUGUUACCUGUGUCUGCCCCGCCCACCUCAGCCAGGCUGACACGGUGCUUGCCUCCCCUCAGACCUCAGAGGCCUGGACAGAAGCAGGCGGAGCAGGAGCUCCAGGGAGCUCAUCACCACCUCUGUGCCAGGGGCUUCUUCCGUGCGCCCAGCACGGGUGACCCCAGCCCGGCCCCUCUGCAGGACAGGAGCGGUGGGCAGGGCAGAGCCAGGCUGGGAGGAGGCGUAGGGCACGACCACCAGGCUGCGGCUCAGCGCUCGUUUAUUGAUGCAUUCUUUGGACACAAUAAAACCACAACUGUUAUCAAAA